GUGUUUCCUUCGCCAAGUUCUCCCGAAGGCGAAAGGAUCUCGAAAAGAGAGCGGAUUCCUUUCCGCCGUGGAACAGAAAUUUCGGCUACGAUUUUGAAACGACAAGCAGUGAACAGUUAUCAGAAUGUUCCGUAAAAACUGACGACUUUUUAAAUUUUGAUUUCGACAAAAAAGCAUCUCAUUUACGUCAUCAUGAUUGCCAGUCAUCGAAGUUACAAAAUGAAGUUAUUGAUUGUGAAAAACAAAGCUCUUCAUCGUAUAGCAAUAACAAUUUGCAUCCAAGAUUUUUGAAUCGGUUACCAGCGACUAAAAUUUGGUUAGUUUCUGAGCUUAAAGCUUUUUCACGAAAAAAACGAAGACGCAAAUUCCUGAAAAGGUCAAGAACAUUUCACUCUUAUGGGGGAUUUAGACUAUCAGCUACAUAUAGCUCGAUUCGAAUCUGUCAAAAUAAACGGGAUAAAUUGAGUUCGACAAGAGCUAUGGAACGUUUGAAGGCUUCCGUUUUAUGCAAAGAGGUCUCCGAUUUAGCAAAAGAUCAGCUUGAUAUCAUUUUAGACCGCGAAGACCUGAAUUCUGACUAUGUUUCAAACAUCACCGAUAACUUUGAAGUUAUCAAAGAAGCCUCUCAAAGUAUGGUUUCAAAAUUGGUGACCAUUGAAGACAAUUUGGCGCCAAGAUUUGACUUCGAUGAAAAUACACGAGCCAAUGGUUUUUGGUCCUUGUGUCGGAUUUGCAAGCUAUGUCUUAUGAGACUACAGGAGUUGAUUAAUUACGUGACCAGUUAUCACUACCAAAGCACGUUGCUGAAAACUAAAAACCCGCUUCGAGAUUUACAAGCUUACGCGCAAUGCUUGAGCGCACUUGGAAAAUGUUUGGAUUUUGUCGUUGCAAACGAGGAACUGUUUAUACAGGGCAACAAUCUGAUUAUAUCGCUGGAAAAUCAUCCACAGAAGUUAAUCGAAGAGCUGUAUGACAGCUUCGAGGAGCUACCCAGAGCCCCGUUUUACGGUCGAACUAUUGGAUUCCACUAUGAUCCGAGUUUAGUAAACCCUUUACUUGCCAUAGUCGUAUCAGAGUUAUCAUACGCAGAGUUAUACGAAUCGAACGGCUUUGCACGUAAAGCCACGGCGUUUCUAUCCGGCGGCAAGUUCUACUUGAAUAACAAACUUAGAGGUUACGCAAUGGAUGUUUUAUCAAGGCUAUGUGAUAUGAGCUUUGGCAAAUCUUUUUGGAGUCUGACGGAACUAAACAUGAUUCAACAUGUACCGAGUUUGGUAUGUAAUUCGGUAGAAGUGAACAGAGUGAUAGAAUUGGAAAAAACUACUCUUUUCAUGAUGCCGCCGGUGAUAUCAGCUGGAAAAAUGUUUGAACCGGUCGAAGUGCCAUACCCUCACACCUCCGAAUCAAAGGGCGAAAACUCGCCACCGUUUUUUAUGCGACUUAUAUCAUAUCUCACCAGAGAAGGAAUGGUUCCCGAAACAAGCGUCAUUUCCACUAGCGGUACCCAAGUUGCAGUAGCGGCUACAGGAGUUCUCCAAGGGUACCCGAUUCCGACUACCGCGACGUUGGUGAACCCUAUGGGCGCGAUGACAUCCGCUGUUACAAGUCAAGCCACAGCGGCACUAACAAACGCAACGAAAGCUCAAAAGAAGAAAAAUCCGAAUAUAGCACCGUUAAGUGACGCGAUUGUGAUUCACUGUCAUGGCGGAGGUUUCGUAUCACAGUCGUCGAGAAGUCACGAGAUAUAUCUCAGAUCGUGGGCCAAAGCUCUCAACAUUCCAAUCGUAGCAAUUGACUAUUCGUUAGCGCCUGAGCAUCCGUUCCCGACUGCUGUUGACGAAUCUUUCUACUGUUACUGUUGGAUUUUGAACAACUUGGAGAAGCUCGGUUGCAAAAGAUCGGCCAAGAUAUGUUUAGUCGGCGACUCGGCGGGCGGGAACUUGGUUCUAGCAAUUGCAUUGAGGUGUAUCCAGACAUACAUCCGGAAGCCGGACGGAAUCGUGGCUGUGUAUCCAGCGGUGUUUCCCCAGUACGCACUGUCCCCGUCGCGAGUUCUAAGUGUAAUGGACUGUUUGCUGGCAGUAGGGAUCUUGGACCAGUGUUUGCUUGCAUAUCUGGGUGAGGAGGAUCCGUUGCCGUCGUUUAAAUUAAGUCGAGUCUUGGAACACUAUCAAGGAGAGUGGGAGUACAGUACCGAUCUGAGCGAAUGGCUAUCUGAGCCAUCGGUCAGUGGAAUUGGCAUGGGCGCUGGCGGAUCUGGCCUGGCUAUGUUACCCACUCUGGCAUGUGGGUCCUGGCUGUACCGCCUGGUGAGAAAGCCGAACUCAGACAGCAACAACAGACAGAAGCAAGGAACAACCCCAAUGAGUGGCCCAAAUGAUCAGAAGAAUGGAGAAAUAUCGCCGAAAGAACCCACUGAACUGGAGUCAUCAGACGAUAUCUUGAAAGAGUACAAGCUGGAGAUGGUCGAAAACUCAGACUGGAUCUCGAUAUCCAGGUGUAGCAGUGAAUCCUCCCAGACACUCGAAGCGGCAGAAGCAGUCAAGAUUGUGGACGAUGAUUCAACUGCUCAGAUUGGUCCUCUAGAGCAAGACUGCAUCACAGAGCAGCCGACUCAUGAUCUUCGAAAGGGGUCGCUACCGAAGAUCCCGGAUCCAAUGAUAAACGUUGAAGCUCAAUUGAAGCAUUUGAAUGAAAAAACAGAGGCGAAGAAGGCGUCUGACAAAAAUGACGGCCCUGAAAGUGCAAAUGCGAAAUGUGAGUUGUUGGAACCCCCUUUGGGCUCAAGAAGGUCAUCCAAAGAUUCAACAAAAAGCGAAACGAAAAAAUCAAAGCAGAGAAAAAGUUCGAACGAUAAUCCAAUAGGUGUACCCGGUAGCAGUAAUUUGACAAGUAGUCCGGGGUUUAUCAGUAGUCGCGCGAAUGCAGCGCGGAAUAAAUUGGGAUCGAGUUUCAAGCAAAUGACUCGACGUGCUAAUAAAGCACCAGCUGUUGCUCACGGAAACCUGGGAAAUAAUGAAGACAUCGAUGAAAGCUUAAGUACUGAUUGCAAAGGUCAUCAUAUAGUGUUAACUAGAUCAAUUAGUAUCACUAAGUCAUCUAGCUUACCAUCUUUGGAUUCGCAUGUAAUUUUGAGCAGUGAAGAUACCUUUGAUAGAGUGAACACAUGUAAAGAUGAUUCAAUAACUGCUACACAUGGUGCUAAAUCAACCAGUAACUGGUUUGGACAAGUUGCCCCGGCAGCUGCGGUUCCCCUGGAAACGUUAUCGAUAGAUUCAAAAGCUUCGAAAAGUUCUAAUAAAAGUGCGACCUCUGGUCAAAGUUCAAAUGAAAAGAGCCAACAAUAUGUAGACUUCGAAAAUGAAUUGAAGUUUUUGAAGGCCAAAAAGAAAAAGGCAAUUUUGGACACAAUAAGAAACCCGCAUGUUAAAAACCCGCUACACUGUCCCUUGAUUGCAAGUGACGAGGAUUUGCGAAAACUGCCCCCAGUAAGUAUCUUAUGUGGUGCAAUGGAUCCCCUUCUAGACGAAAGCGUCGUAUUCGCGAAACGAUUGAAAAAGUUGAAUAAUGAUGUUACAUUUGACGUCUUGGAGAGUUUGCCUCACGGGUUUCUCAAUUUCGUGUUGGUUAGCAAACUGUGCCGAGAUGCCUCAGAUUUAUGCCAGAAAAGAAUUUCUGAUGUUUUGAAUCAAAGCAACUCAGCAGCUUCAAAUCAGUCAACGUCAAAAACGAAUUCGUCCGCGAGUGAAAUCGAUCCUAAUCGAUCUGAAAGUAUUCAAAAUGCUGGGAAAAAUAUAGAAACUGGCAAAAUAGAGACUGCAGUGUAACUAUUUAAUUUCAUGUAUUCUAUUAUUUUGUAGAUUUAAUUACGAAUUUUGAAUUGCAGUUUAAGCAUCGCCGUUUU